CGUGUGAGAGAGAGUGAGAGGAGCAAAAAGCGAAGUUGGCCAUGGUUAUGGCGCGCGGAGGGGAGAGGAGAGAGUCUACGUACAGAAAAAAAUAAAAAGGAAAUAAAAUUAACUUAGCACAAAAAUAAAUUUCAUUGACCCCCAAAAAAGAAAAGAUCAAACCCAGUUUCAUCAUCAUUGUUUUCCUCCUAUAUCUUCCCUUCCAUUUUGUUAUCGUUCUUGUUUCUUCCCCAAUUAAGAUCCUCUCACCAAAACCCCCUGACACCCUUCUCUCUGUAUAUACAUAAAAUACGUACAUAUAAUGCAGAGAUAAGUACAUAUUUUUUUAUCAUCCAACGGAGAUUCCCCAUUUUUUGUUGAUUUUUUAAUUGUUUUGGGGCAAUGGCAAUGGAGGAGGGGAUUCUAGCAAUAUCUGUGGCAUCAGUGGUGGAGGAUGUUUUGCAACAACACGGGAAGCGACUGAGCGACAUUGAUUUGGCUUCUCGCAAAGCUGAGGAAGCUUCAUUGAGAAGAUAUGAAGCAGCAGGGUGGCUCAGAAAGACAGUCGGAGUGGUUGCGGCUAAAGAUUUGCCGGCAGAGCCUUCAGAAGAAGAUUUUAGACUUGGAUUGCGCAGUGGAAUUGUGCUUUGCAAUGUUCUUAAUAAAAUUCAGCCUGGUGCCGUGCAAAAAGUAGUUGAAGCACCUCCUGAUUCUGCUAAUGUCCCUGAUGGGGCAGCUCUUUCUGCGUACCAAUAUUUUGAAAAUGUCCGCAACUUCCUUGUAGCGGUAGAAGAAAUGGGGCUUCCCUCUUUCGAAGCAUCUGAUUUGGAGAAAGGAGGGAAAUCUUCCAGAAUUGUCAAUUGUGUGCUAGCACUGAAAUCAUAUGCAGAGUGGAAACAAGGAGGUGGAAGUGGAUCAUGGAAAUACAGUGGGAACUCAAAACCAUCAUCGGCAGGAAAGCAAUUUUUCCGAAGAAACUCUGAGCCAUUCAUGAAUUCAAUCUCAAGGACUUCAUCUAUCAGCGACAAGUCUCUUGAUAGCACUGAGCAUGAUGCUCGUGAAAUGGUGAACGCAGGUUCCUUGCAUAUGCUUGUUCGUGAGCUUCUCUCUGACAAGAAGCAAGAAGAUGUUCCAUUUAUUGUGGAGAAUAUGUUGAGCAAAGUUAUGGAAGAAUUUGAGCAUCGGCUUGCCAGCCAAAGUGAACAGUUGAAGACCUCCCAGAAAGAGACAGCUGUUUCAACUACCGAUGGAUCUCCCUUGGAGCUUACACGUGAGGAGACGCAGGUCGCAAUGGUCAAGGAUGAAGAAAAAGCAGCCUCUGAAGGGAUAUGCGGCAGGAUAAACAUAGAUGAUGGUGUAUCAACAACACAGGUUGUAAAGCAGCUGAUGCUGGUUGAACAACAGCAUAGAGAAGUACAGCAAUUGAAAUCUACUCUCCGUGCUGCUAAAGUAGACAUGCAGUUUCUUCAACUGAAAUAUCAGGAGGAGGUCAGCAAUCUAGGUAAACAUCUGCAUGGUUUAGCUCACGCUGCUUCGAGUUACCAAAAGGUUCUGGAGGAAAAUCGAAAGCUUUACAAUCAAGUGCAAGACCUUAAAGGGAACAUCAGAGUGUAUUGCCGGGUGCGACCAUUCUUGCCUGGCCAACAAAACGGUCUAAGCACUGUGGAUCACAUAGAUUACGAGAAUAUUACAAUAACUACUUCUUCAAAGUAUGGAAAAGAGGGAAAGAAAUUAUUCACUUUUAACAAGGUCUUUGGUCCUUCUGCAACCCAAGCGGAAGUGUUUGCAGAUACACAGCCUUUGAUCCGGUCUGUUCUUGAUGGCUUCAAUGUUUGUAUCUUUGCUUACGGACAAACAGGAUCAGGGAAAACACAUACGAUGACUGGCCCAUCAGAUCUCACGAAGGAGACCCUUGGUGUGAAUUACAGGGCAUUGAGUGAUCUAUUUCUUAUUUCAGAACAGAGAAGAGAUGUUAUUUCUUAUGAUAUUUCAGUUCAGAUGGUUGAGAUUUAUAAUGAGCAAGUCAGAGAUCUCCUUACCCCAGAUGGUGUUAACAAAAAAGUAGAAAUUCGUAAUAGUUCCCAGAAGGGUUUCAAUGUACCUGAUGCAAAUCUUGUUCCAGUAACAUCAACUUCUGAUGUAAUGAAUCUGAUGAACCUUGGGCACAAGAAUCGUGCAGUGAGUGCUACUGCCAUGAACGACAGAAGUAGUCGCUCUCACAGUUGCCUUACAGUUCAUGUUCAAGGAAGAAACAUGACAUCUGGUGCAAUUCUUCGUGGUUCCAUGCACCUCGUUGACCUAGCAGGAAGUGAAAGAGUGGACAAGUCAGAGGCAGUUGGUGAUAGGUUGAAAGAGGCUACACAUAUCAACAAGUCUCUUUCUGCUUUAGGAGAUGUCAUAUCUUCACUUGCUCAAAAGAACUCACACGUUCCCUACAGGAAUAGUAAGCUUACGCAAUUGCUUCAGGAUUCUCUUGGAGGGCAAGCAAAAACGUUGAUGUUUGUUCAUAUAAGUCCUGAGCUUAAUGCUGUUGGAGAAACACUCAGCACUCUGAAAUUCGCUGAACGGGUUUCUACAGUUGAGCUUGGUACUGCACGGGUCAACAAGGAGAGUUCUGACGUCAAGGAACUAAAAGAACAGAUUGCCAGUCUUAAGGCAGCCUUAGCAAGGAAGGAGGAAGAGCAAGGGCGCCGCCCACUUUCCAGAUCAUGUACUCCAGAAAGAGUCAGAACAGGAUCCUGCGGAUCUUCUCUUUCUUCUAGUUGGCAGAGUAUGGGAGACCUUUCAAGCCAUCAUGGACAGCUAAUAGAAGAUGUUGGUAGUAACAUAGAGGUUAAAAAGAAGUCCGCGUCAAAAAUGAGAAGGCGAAGCUUAGAUCCCAAAGACUUUCAGAUGAAUUCUCCUCCCUGGCCACCAGUCAAUAGCCCUGCAUCAAGGGAAGACGACAAAGAAUCAGUCUCUGGUGAUUGGGUUGACAAAAUUAUGGUGAACAAGCAAGAUGGUCUGAGUAGAAGUAGUUCCUUAAGAGGAUGGGAAGACGAAACCAGGCAGUCAUCUGGCCUGUUAUAUAGGAAAUGCUCCUCUGAGAGUUCAAAGGUUUAUCCUGAACAGCCUAUAAACAAAGUUGCAUCAAAUAAAAAGGACGGCCAAGACUACGAGACAAGUAGGAUUCGGUCUGAAGCAAGUUCCGUGGAUGAUUUGGAUGACCUGGAAACUGCGACAAGUGACUCUUCUGAGCUUGAAUUCCCUUGGCAACCGAAUCUUCAGAAAGUUAGUCAGACUCCGAAUGGACUGGGAUCCAAACUCAAAAAACCUAGUCCUAAGCAAGUGAAGAAGCCAGAAAUAAGGAGCUUGAUUCCCCCACCACCAACUAGGAGACUUUCUAAUGGGAUGGUUUCACCAUCUGCAAAGACGGGAAGAGCAGCUGCUUUAGAAGGAAAGCGAAAGACAGUGAGUGGCAAGUGAUAAAUGUCCUUAGCUGAGUUUGAUGCUUAAGCAACCAAAGAUGUGCAUUUGUGUAUCCUUUUUUCUUUUUUUCUUUCUUGUCAAUCUUUUCACUCUGCAUUCUUUAGAGUGAAAGAGAGCGAGCGUGUGGCAAAAGCUUCAGUUGCCAGCUUUUCCUCCAGUGGUGAUCUUGAAAUUGUUUUUGGUGUCCCACUGAUGAGUUUCCAGUUGUUCAUAUGUUGGCUUGUUCAUUUUUUCCCCUUCUUUUGGGAUGCGGAAUGUAAAAAAAUGCAGAAAAUGAGAAAAAGAAAUAAUAGAAUUAUAGAUACUAAUUACUUCUUUUAAUGUG